AUGCACAGGAACCACGUCAUGAUAAAACGGACUGUCGGAGUGCCAACCACUUCCGAAGCGACCACUAUCACUAUCACCAGCACAUCUGCUCCAACGACAUAUCCUCCAUCUGGCAGUGGGAUCGGUGGGCUUUUUCAAGGGUUUCGCCGAAAUUUGGACUCAUGUCUUUGAAAAGAACAAAUUUUUGAUGAUGGUUCAAGAAAAGAAUGUAGAUUUUUGAAAGAAAGUGUAUGGAGUACAUUGAUUCAAAAUCGUGAGGUUUUUUUUUUUUGAUAUUACUUCACAAUUGAAGCAUGGCGCUUCGAAAACCCCCACAAAAAGGGUUUUUUUUAAUAAUAAAUUCUAAUCGGAAACUGAAACUCGGCUGAAAAGCAUGGACGUAAAACUUUAUAAGUGCCACCAGAAAGUUUUAAGUGGAUCUCCGCAGAACUACAGUACCUUAUAAAAGUUACAAAAAAAGGCGACUUUAGUCGCAAUUUUCUUGUAAGGAAUUCAGUCAUUCUGAAACUGACGGUACUGUAUACCAACUUCCCUAUUUUCCAAAAAUACUUCUAACAAUAUGACCGGGCAACCAAAACAAUUUAUUUCUAUCUUUUCGUUCAAUUAAAAACUGAAUUUUAAUUCUCAACACAACAUCAUUUUUCCGUAUUCUUCAUCAUUUUACCGGAAAAUUCUCGACUAGGCGGCAGAAACAAGAUAAAAGGCUAACUUCUUGAAAGCAUUUUUCAUUUUUCUCUGGCGAUGGGAAGCUCAUCUGGUCGUUUAUCAUAUCAUAAGCGGCGGAUGAUGUUCUACUGCCAUAGUAACUACUGCAUGUGGAUUUCAGACGAGACUUCUGACGUCUUCUUCCUUGUUUCCGUUGUCGCGCCACUCCUCUUCUGCUGCUUCGCCAUAUUCGUUUGCGCAUUGAAUAGCAUUUGGAAAACAAGAAGCAAAUUACAGUCAGUUUGGUUCUCUUUUUCGGCUUCAAAAGCAAGAGUUCAUCUAAAAAGCAUAAAACAUAGCAGUAUGAUCAUUAAAAGAAAAACACAUAAGCCUAGGGACCGCAGACGAACUUUCAAAAUUUUUUUUUCAGCAUUGAGCUUUGUAUGGUUUGAUAGCUGUUUCGAGUCCAAACUCAGAACCGUUUAGUUUUUCGAAAAAGGUUGAGGAUGAAAAAAGUUAUGACGAAAAAUGUGGCGCGCCGCGCACCAUUUUUUUAGUACUUAAAUUUUGGUAUUAUCCAUUUUGAAAUUUUUCUCGAUUUUUCUUCUAGAACAAGUUUUGAUACUGGUCUAUUAUGAUGUAACAAAUCAUAAUAGAGUGCUAAAAUGAUGAAUAUUUGCUAGUUUGCCGAAAAAAAGUCAGUAUUUUCCAGAAAAACAAAAAAACUGACGCUUGCGGGCAUCGAACUCGCGACCUCAAAAUGAAAAAUCGCAGCGCACGCACUGCGCCAAGCUGUCAGGUCUAGCGCGGGGAGCUUCCAUCCGCCAUACCCUUCAGCCGUUUAAAUAGCACAGAUUGUCUAUUUCAAAAAUAAAAACUUGAAGUAAUUAAGCUAUUUUUAUCAGAAUAUGUUCGCAAAUCUUUACUCAAACUUUCCGUGAAAAUUCACUUCGAAAAAACUGUUUUUUUAGUGCUUUUUGCCUCUUUUAACGAUCGCUGCCUUAAAACGGCCCCGUAAAUUUUUUUGGCAAAGACGAAUUUUUUUAUUUUAUUCUUUUUAAUUGAAAGAUUUUUUUACUAAUAAAUGUAUAUAAUCGUUUAAAAAACCUGCGUUCGACCGUUUUCUGUGUGAUAAACGCCGCUAAUUUUAUUCUCUAUUUUCAAGAGCAUUUUUGCGUAAUAAACAACUUUUUUUCAAGCACAUAUUCUGUGGAGAAAUAUUUAAGUAAGCCCGUGAUCUAAAUUUUUGAAAAAAAGAAAAAAACUCGAUUCUAUUCGCAUAUUAACGAUAUUUUGAAUUACGACUUUCGGCACUCCCUAAAAAUUUUUUUGGCAAAGACGAAUUUUUUUAUUUUAUUGUUUUAAAAAAUACCGUUACUUGAAUCAAAAAUCAUUAUAUAAAAAGAAAGAGUGCGUUCGACCUGAAAAACACAUAAAAAAAGCAAAAAUGACAAAUUUUUUUAGUUGCAUUCACGCUUUUUGUACGACAUUCCGCGAGAACGCAUCAAAAAAAGCGUAAAAUUUUUUUAAAACGAAAGAGGAAGCUUUUUCUGUACAUGUGUGUCAAAUUUUAUUCGCCAGUUCCACAUAUUUUGCAACUACAACAAAAUGAAAGUUGAAAACCAAAAAAAAGCCACUUUUUCUAUCGCGAAAAGGGGCGUGGCUUUGCGGUCCCUACAUAAGCCGUGUUCCACAGGAAAAGUCCAAACGGUCUCGAAAAGGUCUCAAGAAAACGAGUCUUUUAUUUCGAAGUUUUUUUUUCAAUUUUAUUUGAUAAUUUUUUUCACUUUUCGAGCUUCAGAAUGAUUUUCAUGACGUCCUGUUUUGAAAUCUAUUGUAUAUUUCAGAGCCUUGACCCAGGUUGCGAAACAACGAGAGCCAACCGAGUAUACAGAAUACACAAUCGAUUUGACCACAAAACUCGAUUCUUGCGUUGAAUUGUCAUCUCCGCAAAUUAGCUCCAAAGAAGUUAUCAAACUGAAUAUUUUUAUUUUCAACUUUUGGCGUUCAGGAAUCGGUUUUGCUGUAAAGUCGACCAGAAGACGACUCUUGUGGAUAUUUUAUACCGGUUUUUUUGGGUCUGAAUACAAUUUCUGCUUUUUUUAAUGAUUAUUUCUAUAGGCAAAUCGUUUUCUCUGCUUUUUAGAAGCUUCUACUUGUAAAUAUAAUGUAUGAAAUGUAUGAAUCGCGCCUGAAAUUUUGAAUCGAAGUUUUGUGAAAUAAUGGAUCGGCUCAAUUUUAUUUCACGUCUGUAAUAAACCAUUCAAAAGAAAUGCAGCAAAAGAUGCUUUUAUGUGGUCUUUCCGUUCACAGAUGCUUGCUAAGAUUCAUAAAUGUUAUUGUUGACUUUCUGAAGCGAGUUUAUGAGAAUCGUAAUUGCUGGGAACCGGUCGGUGGAAAAUUGCUUGUCGACUCGUACUUCACUCUGCGCGGUCUACAGAACAACCUUUUCAGAAAUGUUCACCAGUUUUUUUCUCGUUUUGAUGCAUUGAGUAUUAUAAAUAUGUACUGCUUUUGGUGUUCUCUCAUAGGUUCCUUCUUUUUUUUCAAUCGAAUGUUGGAUUAGGCUGUUGAAAGCAUAUAGUCUGUUCAGAUUUUUAAUGUCAAGUGCAAUGACGUCAUUCAAAAACACUCUGUGGAUGGCUCGCUCUCUGAUUGGUUUAUCGCACCAUUAUGGGCGGGACUUGAGCGACGACUUGACAUUCAAAAUCUGAACAGAGUAUGUUCAUUUAUAAAAAAAAUGUUGUUAACCGCUGCUAAAAAGAUAUUAAAAAUCCAUUCGUCCCUUUUUUGUUUCGGUCUGAUGUUUUAAAAUAACUUUUAGAGGUAUUUUCAAGAAGGCUGAAAUUGCACUGUUCGAAAUUUCCAUGGGAAAUAUUUCCAUUCUCUUCAUUUAACGCAUCAUCGAUUUCCGUGAUAUAUUCAUGAAGCAGAACAAAAAUGCAGUGCGAAAAAGAAGAGCAACCAAAACCAGAGAGAUUUGUCGUGUUUGCUGCGAUUUCGAGCUUAGCGAGAAGGAUCGAUCUUUCAUUACACGUAUCUAUUUUCGUUGUUCCUCGUUUGGCGCUCCAGAUAUCUCUUGGCUUGAUUCAGCGGAAACGUAUCGAUUUUUAGUCCUGACUGACAGCUACUGACAUUUUGGGCAGAAGGAACAUUUUUGCGAGUAUCUGCUUUUUUUCUUCCUUCAUUUGCUUUUGUGAGGCUCCAAAUAUUUUUUUUUAGUUUUCAACUUGAAGUUCAACUUGCAAAAAGGCAAAACUUUAAUUUCAUUUUUAAUAAAUCUUGGAAAAGAUAUCAUAAGAUUUGGAAACGAUCUGUAAAAAUGCGUUCCAAGAAAAAAGGGAUUUUAGAAGUUUCUUUCAUAGCUACAGCCUUGAAGAAUGAAAUCGAUGUCCCGAAGAGGCGUGAGAGGUCUUCUCAUAAUUCAGAGAUUUCCUCCUUAUUCUUUCCUCCACUUCUUUCAAAGCUGCUCGAAAUUUUUCAUAUACUUUUUGCGUAUUUUGAUUGAUGAAAAAAAGCCGAUAGAUCAAAAUUGAAAAAAAGUCAAACUGCAUUUGACGGAUUUCAUUGCAUUGCUUCAAAAAUUUAAUAAUCUUUGUCAUAAAAAAAUUCUUGCUUCAAAAAAAGAUUAAAAAACAUUGAUCCUUCAGCAAACAAAGUAGCUGAGAUUGACAAUAACAGAAACGAACAGAAUAAUUCUCAAGUAUAAAAGAAAAAUUGCUUUGGGUUUGACUAAAAGAUACAAGCCUUCAGUCGUUUUUUUAUAACGUUUUGAUCAAAAUUUUAUUUUUCACGAGUUUCGCCUUUUUGUUUCCAAUUUGGGAAUGAGCUUGAAGAAAAUGAUAAUAAAAGCCACGAGCAGGAAAAGCUGCAAAGGGAGACGAAUGGGUUCGAUUUUGCAUGCAUUCCAUGUGGCUCUCCGUUUCCACGACGUUUCGUCUUGGAAGAGCUUUUUCCUCCACUUCCCACUCUUGCACUUUUUCUAUAUUUUGAAGAAACUGAAAAAUUUCAAAUUCAGAUGGCCGACAAUCUUUUAGUGCGUUUCAACGUUGGCGGCAAGAAAUUUGCGACAUUGAAGACAAAUUUUCCUGCAGAUUCGAUUUUUUACAAGUUUUUCAUGUCCAGGACGGCGGUAGACGCCCCGUUUUUUAUCGACAAAGAUGGAAGUUAUUUUGUGGAUCGUGAUCCCGAUUCGUGAGUUUUAAGAUGUGGUUUAUUCUAAUUACAGAGAAAUUAACAAUCGAUUUCUCAUUUUUCAGGAAUUUUCUCAAAUUGAGGAUGAAAGUGAAUUAGCAUUGGCAGAAUAGUUUGAAGUCUGUAAUAUAAAAAAAAAAUCUCUGACUUCUUUCAAAGGCCAAAAAAUACGCUAGAGUUUUACGAGUGAAAAUAUCUGGGUUCGAAAUUCGAGCAUUCAGAGCAAACUUUGAAAAGGUUCUGAAGUCAAAGCUAUAAUAACCGUCUGAGGCACAUCUUCUGAACAUUUUUACAGGUUUAAUGUUAUUUUGAACUACUUCCGCUUAAAGAAAUCGAAACAAAUUUGGGAGUCCUGUCUACCAAAAGAUCCAGACCGUCUAGCUCUCCUCACACAGGAGGUUUUGAAAGACCUCUCUCAGCAAAAGUUUGUUAACUCCUUUUUUCAGGCGGACUUUUUCUGCCUACCAGAACUAACAAACCAGGCCAUUUAUUUGCUUCAAGCCUGCAGCCAGAAGUCCGCUACAGAAUCGACUUACGUCAGUAAAGUUAGUUCAAUCUCUGGCUUUUCUGUUCUGAAACAUAUUUGCGUUCAGGUCUUCGAAAAGAGCCCCAGCAUGCCAACUGGCUUUCUAACGUCUUCAGACUAA